GGCGUCGUCAGCAUGAAGAAGCACGGCAUCAAGGACGGACACAUUAUCAACAUUAACAGCGUCGCGGGUCACCGCAUCCUCGCGGUCCCGGGGAUGCCGGGUUCAGUCAUCUCGUACAGCGCCUCGAAGCACGCCACGGUGGCCCUCACCGAGGGGCUGCGCGCCGACCUGCAGGUGCUUAAGGCCAGCGGCUUCAGGAUCCGCGUCACGAGCCUCAGCCCUGGCGCCGUCCAGACCGAGAUGAUGCCUGACGAGUACGUCAAGUCGCUCCCGGAGGCCGACAUGGUCCUCAAGGCCAAGGACGUGUCCAACGCCGCGCUCUACGUCCUCGGCUCGCCCCCCGCGGUCGAGAUCACCGAGCUGACCAUCCGACCCACCGGCGAGUUCAUGUAGACGCCGCCGUGCUGCCGACAACGAACAGGCUGCGCUGCCGCGUCUGUCCGACAACCGGCAGGAAACUCCCCCCCUCCGCUCCUCACAAAACGCAUGAAACGGACUAAAAUUGUUUGGUUCGGGCCGAUUGUAGACCGAGAGACAGCUGAGGGAGACGAGCUGCCGCUGCUGUUGCUUACUUCCUUUAACCAGCCCUUAUUAUUCUCCAAUUUGAGACGGCCCUUGGGCCCGCCUGGUAGGUAGGCAACGCUCACUAUGGCUUCCUCAACUGUUUACUCGCGGUUGUGCCUCUGUACGCCCGCGGCGACCAAGCCAAGGUCACCCACGCGGACCCAUGCUGGCUGGCCCGAACGGCGGCACCUGCGUGCUGUGCGACUGUGCAUCGGCUCGAUCGAACCCCAGUCCAAAACACUCUAUCACUCUGCUGUGAUUGGCGGAAAAUAAUAGAUGGUUCCGAUAGUGCGCGUUUAGAGAAGAAGUAAGGAAAUGAAGACCGGAACCAGUUCGAACAUUUUAUUCAUUUUAUAGUUUGAACACUGCAGUUCGGUUGAAAUAACUUCCAGUAACUCCUUCGUAACGUUCAAAAUUACUUUCUACUGGUUUUAGCUGUGAUUUCAGUAUGGUUCCGGUCCUGAUUUCUCGAUUUCUUCUUUAAACGCGCACUGUCGGAACCGUCUAUUAUAUACAAAUGCCGCUCGACGGCUUGUGGUGCAUAUAAUAUACUUGAGAAAAUUUUUAAUUUAACGAAAAAAACAUAUGAUAAAUAAAUAAUAGAAAAUAA